AUGCAUCUAUUCGGUACCUUCCUAUUGGUCAGUUGUGUUUUUGCAGCUCAAGCAUGCGGACCAUCACAAACAAUAAAAGGACCACCAGGACCACCAGGGCGAAGUGGGCCAGACGGAAGACGAGGGGAACGAGGAG